AGUCUCAGUUUUUAGAAAUUUUUUUUGCGAAGUUUGCGAUACUCUCUACCUCUUCGCAUCCUUUCUUGCUCGUGGAGUCUUUUUCCUCCUCAACUAUAAAUAUUUUUACUAUCGGCGGAGCUGACCAGGGAUGAACGUCUUGUAAUUGCAAGUAUAACUGUUAAAACCACGUCGGGGUAGUAGUCAAGAUGGAUAAAAAGUCCUUUGAAAUGGUGCUGGAUGAAAUUAGAAAGGCUGUUUUGACAGAAUACAAAUUAAAAGCAAUUGAAUAUGUGCAUGGAUACUUUUCUAGUGAACAGGUGGUUGAUUUGCUGAGAUAUUUUUCCUGGGCCGAGCCCCAGUUGAAGGCAAUGAAAGCAUUACAGCAUAAAAUGGUGGCUGUCCAGCCGACAGAAGUGGUCAAUAUACUCAACUGUUUCACUUUCAGUAAAGACAAACUAGUUGCUCUUGAACUGUUAGCCUCGAAUAUUAUUGAUGCACAGAAUUCUCGUCCUAUUGAAGAUUUAUUCAGGAUAAAUAUGUCUGAGAAGAAACGGUGCAAGAGAAUACUUGAACAGGCUUUCAAGGGGGGCUGCAAAGCUCCUCAUGCUAUGAUAUCUUCUUGUGGAACGAUCCCAGGAAAUCCAUAUCCCAAAGGAAGACCUAGCCGCAUAAAUGGAAUUUUCCCAGGAACUCCUUUGAAAAAAGAUGGCGAAGAAUGUACUAAUGAAGGCAAAGGAAUAGCUGCACGAAUUCUUGGACCAUCCAAACCACCUCCUUCAACAUAUAAUCCACAUAAACCUGUUCCUUAUCCAAUACCUCCAUGCCGACCACAUGCAACUAUUGCACCAAGUGCUUACAACCAUGCAGGUCUGGUACCAUUAGCCAGUGUCAUAACUCCAGAGAAUGAAGACCUUUCCAAUCAGUCAAAACCUAUACAGAAUCAAACAUUUUCCACCCCAGCAAGUCAACUCUUUUCUCCUCAUGGUUCUAAUCCUUCAACACCUGCUGCAACUCCUGUUCCUACUGCAUCCCCAGUCAAGGCAAUCAGUCAUCCAUCAGCCUCAGCAGCUGCCACCGUUUCUGGAAUGAACCUGCCGAAUACUGUCCUUCCUGUGUUCCCAGGGCAGGUCUCCUCAGCCGUUCACAUACCUCAGCCAGCAACGCCAAACCCAACAGUUAUCAGAACCCCUUCAUUGCCCACUGCACCUGUUACGUCUAUCCACAGUACAACUACCACUCCUGUUCCUUCCAUUUUUUCUGGCCUAGUGUCACUGCCAGGUCCUUCUGCCACUCCUACCCCAGCCACUCCUACCCCAGGACCUACACCACGGUCCACUCUUGGUUCCAGUGAAACAUUUGCUUCUACUUCUGCCCCUUUCACUAGCCUCCCCUUUUCCACCAGCUCUACUGCUGCUUCUACCAGCAACCCAAAUUCUGCUUCAUUGUCAUCAGUUUUUGCAGGGCUCCCUUUGCCCUUACCACCAACAUCCCAAGGCCUAUCCAACCCAACUCCUGUAAUUGCUGGUGGCUCUACUCCCAGUGUUGCCGGUCCACUUGGUGUGAACAGUCCUCUUUUGUCUGCCUUAAAAGGCUUUCUGACAUCCAAUGACACCAGUUUAAUCAGCUCCUCUGCUUUAUCCUCUGCUGUCACAAGUGGGCUGGCUUCACUGUCUUCUCUUACUCUUCAGAACUCUGACUCUUCCGCUUCAGCCCCUAAUAAGUGCUAUGCCCCAUCGGCCAUCCCUACCCCACAGAGGACUUCCACUCCAGGGUUGGCCCUGUUCCCAGGCCUGCCGUCUCCUGUGGCUAACUCAACUUCCACUCCCCUGACUUUGCCUGUACAGUCUCCUUUAGCCACUGUUGCAUCAGCUUCCACAUCAGCGCCAGUUAGCUGUGGCUCCUCAGCCCCCCUUUUGCAUGGCCCCCACCCAGGUACCUCAGAUCUGCAUAUUUCAUCUACCCCUGCUGUAACGACUCUUCCUGUUAUGAUCAAAACUGAGCCCACGAGUCCUACUCCCUCGGCCUUCAAAGGCCCAUCUCAUUCUGGGAAUCCCUCUCAUGGCACUUUAGGUUUGUCAGGGACAUUGGGCCGUGCAUAUACUUCAACAUCCGUGCCCAUCAGUUUAUCUACUUGCCUUAAUCCUGCAUUGUCAGGUCUCUCCAGCUUGAGUACUCAUUUAAAUGGUUCAAAUGCCCUUUCUUCUAUUUCCCUUCCACCACAUGGUUCCUCCACUCCCAUCGCACCGGUAUUCACUGCUCUUCCUCCUUUUACUUCUUUGACCAACAAUUUUCCUUUAACUGGCAACCCAUCUCUUAAUCCAUCAGUAUCUCUCCCAGGGUCAUUAAUAGCCACCUCAUCUACUACUGCCACCUCCACAUCUCUCCCUCAUCCCAGCUCGACAGCAGCUGUUCUCUCAGGGCUUUCUGCUUCAGCACCAGUCUCAGCAGCACCUUUCCCCCUCAACCUGUCUACUGCUGUUCCCUCACUUUUCUCAGUUACUCAAGGACCUCUGUCAUCUUCAAAUCCCUCCUACCCAGGCUUUUCUGUCUCUAAUACCCCAAGCGUUACCCCUGCUCUUCCCUCAUUCCCGGGGCUGCAGGCACCAUCUACAGUCGCAGCUGUCACACCACUACCUGUGGCUGCCACAGCCCCAUCCCCGGCUCCAGUCCUCCCAGGAUUCGCCUCAGCAUUCAGUUCCAAUUUCAACUCCGCUCUUGUUGCACAAGCCGGUUUAUCAUCUGGACUUCAAGCUGCAGGCAGUUCUGUUUUUCCAGGCCUUUUGUCCCUCCCAGGUAUCCCUGGGUUUUCUCAGAAUCCUUCACAAUCAUCCUUGCAAGAAUUACAGCAUAAUGCGGCCGCACAGUCAGCAUUGUUACAGCAGGUCCAUUCAGCUUCGGCUCUGGAAAGCUAUCCAGCUCAGCCUGAUGGGUUUCCUAGUUAUCCUUCGGCCCCAGGAACACCAUUUUCUUUGCAACCAAGCCUGUCCCAAAGUGGGUGGCAGUGAAUACUUUUAACUUUUAUUCUCCUUCAGAGCAACAUCAGAAUUGCCUAAGAACUGCAGUGAACAAUCUGACAAAUGUGAAGCUGGCCAAAAGUCAGAAAAUGAGAAUGAGGAUAAUGCUGGAGAAAUUGUGACAACAAUUUGAAAAUUGUGGUUGCAUUUAAAAAAAUGGUUUUAAGUAUGAACACUCCCCUAUGUAAAUAUGCUGACGAUAAAUUGUAUGGAGAAUGGUAUUUAAAAAGUGUUUGGAGACUUUUCACCUGUCCUAUAAAAUUUUGAAUUGUGUAUGUGAUCUACAUAGAAAAAGUACUAAAGAGUAGAUUGAACUCUUUAUAGCUGAAUACAGCCUUAAAUAUGCUUGUAUAGCAUCCCUGGCAGAAGUAAUAGUUGUGCCUCAGACUUAGGGGUUGCAUGUGGCCCUGGGGGAGUUACUACCCUUGGUAUGCAUGAGCGGUUCCUAUUAGCAUCAGUGGGAACUCAGUACUCUAUAUGUAUCCACAAAAGGGAACUUGAGACCCACAGUUAUUCUUAAUUUCUGAUAUUAACAACCAUACAUACUGCUGAAUUUAACUCAAUAUAUUUCAGGUAAGUGGAAGUGGUGCUUAAUGUAGUCUUCAGAAUGACUUUCAGGUGUUUUCAACUAAAAGUAUAUAUCCAGAACUACAUCCUUAUAAGAAAUACAAGUAAGACUUAGGAUAAUUUGCCUUCAAAACAGUUCUCCUAAUCUCAGCAGUAUCCAAUGAGUGAAGGACACUUGACUGACUCUCGGGCCACCUCUAUUACUUACUGUACUAUGGAAGCUCCUGGUGAAUGUUUACAAUUAUGGGAUGUAGUAUUUCUAUUUGUACUCUAAGUCAAAUGCUUAUAUGAAAUAUGUGACAACAAAUAGAGAAGACUGGCUCUGUUAGUAAUUAUGCAGUAUGUACUCUAAGGAUUGUGGUAGUAUAACGGGCGAAUGUCAUUAAUUUUGGAGUAACAACUGCCACAUGUGGGGAGUAGGGGAGUAAGGAGAGAGAAUUCCAAACCUGUGAUUAAAAGUGUAAACUAUAGAGUCUACUGUAGUACAUUUCAGGAUCUAGAAGUUUUACUUUUAUAAAGAUGGUGUCUGGAAGAUGUUGCUAAUGUAUUUUACUUCAACAUAGGGAACAAACUUUUUAAGCAUAUUAAUAAACCUGUAUGGUUAGUUUUUAACAAUUUUUUAAAAUAAACUUUAUGGAUAUGACAAA